UCAAAAGGACGGCCCUUUUCCUUUAUCCAAUGAAAAUGAGCCGCGGCUGACACCUGGCUAUAAACUCAGGAAGGAUCCCAACAAGUCCUUAAUCAGAAUCUUUUUCUCUUCCUAAAAAACAGAAGCCCAGCGAGAGGAGCACCAGCGGCACACGGCGCAAUGACUUCCAGCAAGAUCGAGAUCCCCGGAGAGGUGAAGAGCGACCCCGCUGCUCUCAUGGCAUCCCUCCAGCUGAUGCCCUCCCCGGUGCCCAACCCCGAGAUCAAGUACACCAAGAUAUUCAUUAACAACGAGUGGCAUGAUUCAGUCAGUGGGAAGGUGUUUCCAACAUACAAUCCAGCGACAGGAGAGCAAAUCUGUGAGGUCCAGGAAGCAGAUAAGGCUGAUGUAGAGAAAGCAGUUCAAGCAGCUCGCCUCGCAUUUUCCUUGGGUUCAGUUUGGAGAAAAAUGGACGCUUCUGAGAGAGGCAGACUUCUGGCCAAACUGGCCGACCUGGUGGAGAGGGACAGCAUCUAUCUAGCCACCCUUGAGACUCUGAACAGUGGGAAGCCCUUCCUUCCCACUCUAUUUGUUGACCUUCAAGGAACUAUUAAGACACUCCGGUACUUUGCGGGAUAUGCAGACAAAAUUCACGGCACAUCAAUUCCAAUGGAUGGUGAAUACCUCACAUUCACCAGAUAUGAGCCCAUUGGAGUGUGUGGACAAAUUAUUCCUUGGAACUUUCCUCUAAUGAUGACAGCGUGGAAGCUGGGCCCAGCUCUGGCCUGUGGGAACACAGUGGUCCUGAAACCUGCUGAGCAAACUCCACUCACCUGCCUCUACAUCGCAGCCCUGGUCAAAGAGGCUGGGUUUCCUCCGGGAGUCGUCAAUAUUUUGCCAGGAUUUGGGCCAACUGCAGGCGCUGCGAUUGCUUCACACAUGGGCAUAGACAAAGUGGCUUUUACAGGAUCAACCAAGGUCGGCAAGUUGAUCCAAGAAGCAGCUGGGAAAAGUAACCUGAAGAGAGUGACGCUGGAGCUGGGAGGGAAGAAUCCCAACAUCAUAUUUGCAGAUGCUGAUUUGGAUUUAGCCAUAGAACAAGCCCACCAAGGAGUCUUCUUCAACGCAGGACAGUGCUGCACGGCUGGCUCUCGCAUCUUUGUGGAAGAGCCCAUAUACGAAGAGUUUGUGCGCCGGAGUGUCGAAAGGGCCAAGAGGAGGACAGUAGGCAGCCCAUUCGACCCAACCACUGAGCAGGGCCCUCAGAUCAGCCGCGAGCAGCAGAACCGUGUGUUGGAAUACAUCCAGAGUGGGAUCAGUGAAGGUGCUAAACUGGAGUGUGGAGGAAAAGCCCUUGGUGUAAAAGGAUUCUUCAUCGAGCCAACUGUUUUCUCUAAUGUCAGGGACGAUAUGCGCAUUGCUAAAGAGGAGAUUUUCGGACCAGUGCAGCAGAUCAUGAAGUUCAAGACCAUUGAAGAGGUCAUAGAACGAGCAAACAAUACAGAUUAUGGUUUAACUAGUGCUGUAUUCACCACUGACAUCAACAAGGCCUUGACUAUAUCUACUGCCAUGCAGGCUGGCACUGUCUGGAUAAACUGUUUUAAUGCUUUGAGCACACAGUGUCCUUUUGGAGGAUAUAAAAUGUCUGGUAAUGGGCGUGAAUUGGGAGAGUGUGGUCUAAAGGAGUACUCAGAAGUGAAGACCAUUACAAUGAAAAUGGUAGCCAAGAACUCUUAAGUGAACCUAACAUUUAUGUAGAGGGAGGUAGCAUCAACCCAAGUCACUGCUGGUCCUCUGGUGCUGCAUUAACUACCUGUGUCUGUAACCACCCCGCUGCUGCCUUCUAAAAAACAACUAUACAACUAAACCCGACCACUUCCUUUCUUGAAUCAUUUUAGACUGGCACCCAGAGAGCUAGCCAAUGUAUAUACCUCCACCACUAACUGCUACACUAAAGCACUCACAGUGAUAUCGCAGGAGAAGAUCGAAAACCCCUGGUCAACCUGCAAACGGCCAUAGUCCCACCUCUGCUGAUGCUGGAAGCUCAAAAACUCAGUCACCGCACUUGCUAUCAGCCCUUUACUAGCAACUUGUCAUGAAGCCUUGUUCUUGUAGUGAGUGGAAUGUGAUAGUUUGGAAAAAGAAAAUGGAGAAAAAAAAUGUUUUGGCUCAUUCAAGACCACUGUCACAGAUAUGAAUGAAAAAUUUAUUUUACUCCUGUCUAUUGUUUAUAUUUUAGCCUGUAUGACUUAACACUGUAUGUUGACCUGUUAAAAUUUUUAACCUCUCUUUAAGACAUUUUACUCUUAAAGCUAAAAGAAGAGUAGAAGACAUUAUGUAACUGAUUUUGUCAUUGAUGUUCAUCUAUGUUAUGUUUAUAUGAUUAUAUGCCAUAAAAUUAUAAGAUUUCAAGAUG